AUGGGAGCUUGGACGCUGCUUGUUGGGAUGGUUCUCUACAUGAGUUUUGUUUUACAGUCUGCGUCCUCUUGGACGGUGAAUAACUUCCUCAUGACGGGACCAAAAGCUUUUCUCACCUAUGCUGGCAGCGUGCAAGUUGGUGCACAGAACGGAAUACAAGAGUGCAAACAUCAGUUUGCGUGGGACAGAUGGAACUGUCCACAGAGUACGCUUCAGCUAUCCACACAUAACGGCCACCGAAGUGCUACAAGAGAGACAUCAUUUGUCCAUGCCAUCAGUGCUGCAGGAGUGAUGUAUACACUCACUAAGAACUGUAGCAUGGGAGACUUCGACAAUUGCGGUUGUGAUGAUUCCAAAAUUAGACAGACGGGUGGCAGAGGGUGGAUUUGGGGAGGCUGCAGUGAUAAUGUGGCGUUUGGAGAGAAGAUCUCCAAACUGUUUGUGGACGCAUUGGAAGAUGGUCACGACUCUCGUGCUGCUGUCAACCUGCACAACAACGAGGCUGGGAGACUCGCAAUUAAAGCUACAAUGAGGAGAGCCUGCAAGUGCCACGGUGUGUCUGGGAGCUGCAGCAUCCAAACAUGUUGGAUGCAGCUGGCCGACUUCAGAGAGGUGGGCACCUAUCUGAAAAUGAAGCAUUCCCAAGCGAGGAAGCUGGAAGUGGACAAGAGGCCGAUGAGGGCUGGCAACAGCGCAGACAACAAGGGCGCUAUUAAGCACGCCUUCCGCAACAUCCCGCGGACGGAGCUCAUUUACUUUGAGGAGUCCCCUGACUACUGCGUGAGGAACCAGAGUUUAGGUUUCAAGGGAACCGAGGGACGGGAGUGCCUGAAGGGGGACAAGAGUUUGACGCAGUGGGAAAGAAAGAGCUGUCGCAGGUUGUGCUACGAAUGUGGCCUCCGAGUGUUAGAGAAGCACACUCAAGUCGUCAGCAGCUGCAACUGCAAAUUCCACUGGUGUUGCACGGUUAAAUGUGACAAAUGCACGCAAGUUGUUACUAAAUACUACUGCGCGCGCAAAGGCAGCGCCAGAAAAACACACAACAAAGCAAAACGAAAGCACGCUGCGCCUUGA